AUGGCCCGCUCCUUGAGAAGCAACAAAAAGAAGGGAGACUUGUCUCAGGUCCCGACCGAGGCCCCCGACGUAGCUGACGGUGCAGUCCCCGGCGCGACUGCCUCUGACGCGCCCGUCUCUCCCUCAGGGACUGCCUCUGCCACAGAAAUCACCCCAGAGGGCUUCCCCAAAUGCCAAUACUGUUUCCGGUCCCAAAGCCGUUGCGACGGCAAUCGUCCCUGCGCCACCUGCCCCAGGAACCGGAGACGGUGCCACGAUGUCACUCAGGAGACAUUAAACGCAUUUCCCGAACGCGCCAAGAGGGUGCUCCGCAAGUAUGAGCUGCAGAAGUCGACCGCCAGGAACCGCACGAAGCGCCCGGCUGCUGCUGCCUCUGCCACAGAUAUCACCCCAGAGGGCUACCCCAGAUGCGGGCCCUGUUUUACGAACCCAUGCAAAUGCGACGGCGAACGUCCCUGCGACAGCUGCUCCAAAUUCAAGAGACGGUGCCGCGAUGUCACUCAGCAGGAACUCGACGCGAAUCCCAAGCGCGCCGAGCGGCAGCUCCGCGAGCAUGAGCGGCAGAAGAAGCGCGCGGCUUCUAUUGCUAGACAGGAGGACGAGCCGAGCGCGAAGAAGAAGCAGAAGGUCGCGAGCAGCCAUUGUUCAUCCUCAGAUUGA